CAUUGUGCAAUUUGACUUGGUUACGUGAUACUACUCAUAAUGAAGUUGUCCGCCAUUGCCGUUGCAUUUGCUGUGGUUUUGAUGUCGUCUGGGGGGUCGGCAGAUGAAGUGUUCCCCAAUUCAACCUCUACGUUAGCCCCCACACCUGAGCCAACCACAGUUGAGCCAUCAACCAUUGAACCAACUACCACAGCGAGUCCCGAGGCUGUGAAUAUCACAGCCACAACUACUACCCUUGCCCCUGACAAUAUCGACGACCCUGACACCCCGGAACCUACCCCCACCCCUACCGCUGCACCUACCACCACCACUGCACCCCCUUCCAACGCCACUACGAGCACUGAACCAACUACCACGCCAAGUCCUGAACCAGUGACCACCACCACUACCCUUGCACCCGACAAUAUCGGCAACGGUGAUGACACCCCCGAACCCACCACCACCUCCACACCCACGUUAGCCCCCACGCCGGAACCCACCACACCGGAACCUACGACUAUUAAACCAACCACCACCGCCAGUCUUGAGCCUGAUAACACGACGACUACAACUACCCUUGCUCCUGACAAUAUCGAAGACCCGGAUACCCCUGAACCUACCCCCAUCCCCAGCUCCCCUUCGAGUGGCGAAGCACCCACCACUACUACGAUUGCACCUAUUACCCCAGCACAUACCAAUUCCACCAACUCGACCGACCCGACUGUCGCCCCCUUCUUGACGGCUUCAAUGUAUCGCAAUGCCCCUGCGGCAUGGACGAUUGGGUCGCUCGUUGUCGUUGGCCUCGUUGGUCUUAUGGCUGUGGUGGUAUACAAGCGACGCCAGCAAAAGAAGUAUUGCAAGUCCGAGGAGCGUAAGCGUCUCCUUCGCGUGUAAACUCCGCCUUGUAUGGAGUGGAAACGGUGCCUCCACUGCUUGUACGACUCGAGUACGCACCGCAUAGUACCCAGUGAGUAGUAGUAUUCAAUGAUGUAUUUUUUUUUUUUUUCCUA